GGGACGGCCGGAGGACAGCCCACUCCGCUCCAGACGGUUGCAGCUCGGGCCUGGACACCCUAACCCCGCCCUCCCCGCUCGCGAGGUAGCUUUAAGGUCGGGCGGAGCCCGCGGCGUGGCUCCUGAAGCCCCGACCCCAACCAUCCGGGAGUCUCCGCCCGGACCGACAGUGCGGGAGGACCGGGAUCGGGGGAAGAGGUGGGGCGGGCGGCGGCCCCCCCCCCCCCGGAACUAUCCAAAGCCCCAGCGCGAGCGCAGGGGUCCCGGGCGGGCUGCCGCGCGGGGGCAGAGUGCGAAGCCCCUCCGCGCCCUCCCCCCGCCCCGAGCUCCCCACCAGCUCGCAGAGCUCCUGCGAGGAUCACAGCCCGCCCGGCGCGCGCGUAGGGUGCGGCGGGCGGGACACCUCUCCGCGCCGCCUGGGGGGCGGCUGGAGCGGACCGGACGCCCGGCACCUGCGGGUCGGGGCCAUUUGGACACCCCUGGAUGAGACCGAGAGCCGGACCUUGGAGCUUUUGGGGAACAGGGAGAGCCGGGUUAGGAGACCGCUUCUAGGGCCGCACCCUAAGGCCGGGCGCCUCCUGCAGGACCCGAGGGAUAGCAGUCCUGGGGAUCGUUUCCCCCUCGGUCCCUGCGCCUGGACCACGCCUGACUACCUGCCUCCCGAUGGCUUCCUCUGAGACGUGUGACGCGAGCCGAGCGGCCUCCGUGCUACGUUAUGGCAUGAUGGUCAGCGGCAUGGUGCUUCUGGUAGCUGGGACACUCUGUUUUGCUUGGUGGAGUGAAGGAGAUGCAGGUGCUCAGCCUGGCCAGCCGGCCCCACCCACUGGGCACCCCAUGCCUGAGGCCCCCAGUCCCCUGCUCAGGUCAGUCAGCUUCUUCUGCUGCGGCACAGGGGGCCUGCUACUACUCUUCGGCCUGCUGUGGUCCAUCAAGGCCAGCACCCAGCGGCCUCCCCACUGGGACCCGUAUCACCUCUCCAGAGACCUGUACUACCUCACUGUGGAGCCCUCGGAGAAGGAGAGCUACAGGCUCCCAGCGGUGGCUGCCAUCCCCACUUACGAGGAGGCCGUGUGCUGCCCACUCGCCGAGUGGCCCCCGACACCACCCGUGGACCCCAUGCAGGAAAGCCUGAAGGGCUGUGCCUCUGGGGAUGCCCUGCUCGGAACCCAGAGCCCCCUGCAGCCGCCCAACUACGAGAGAAUCACUGGUGCCGUGCACGACAUCUCUGGAGAGACAGCUCCUGGCACGAGGGGCUCCUGCCCAGGCCCGGCUCAGACUUCGGGCGGGGGAGGGUAAAGGCCCCCAGCAGACCCCAGAGCCAGGGCUGGGUGAUGAGCUUCCGGUGUGCAGUACAGGGCCCGGUACACACGAGGCACGUGACAAAUGAUCGCUGCUGAAUGCUCUUGUAUUUACCUGUCGCUGUGUAACAAACCGCUUCAAAUAAAUCCGUCUUAUUAUCUCUCAUGAUGCCAGGGGUUGCCUGGGCCCGGCUGGAUGGUUUUUCUGUAGUCCAACUGGCCGUUAGCGCUGGCUGUCAGUUGGGGAACUUUGUGGUCCAGGCGGGAAGAUGGGGGCCCAGAGGCAGGGGCAGGACUGCCCGAGGUCACACACGGAGUUUAUGAUCAGGAGAAGGUGGGCUCCAAAUU